GUAAACAUAACCUUUGUACCUAUAUUGUACAAUUUAAAAAUCUAGUCAAAUGUAAAUAUUGAUAUUUCUAAAUAAAAAUGCUCUAUUUUUCAAUAAAAAAUGAUAUUUUACGUAUUUUAUAUAAGAAUAAAGUGCCAAGGAUUUAUAAUUUAAAAAGAUAUAUUUCUAACGAAAGUGUGGCAUUUGGAAAUAUUGUAAAAGAAGUAAAACCAACUAGAAAUCCAGAAUGUGUUCCAGUAAAGUAUUUAUAUUUCCAGAUGCUUCAAACAUUCCACAAAGCAACUUACAUCAUUUAAGAUGGAUAAUGCAGAAGGAUAUAUUGAAUCAGGAUAUAUUUCUAUUAGGUCCACCAGGACCGAGAAAAAGACAUUUAGCUAUGCAAUAUUUAGAAUUAACUAAUAGAGAACACGAAUAUGUAGCACUUAGCAGAGAUACAACAGAAUCUGAUUUGAAACAAAGGAGGGAAAUAUCCAAAGGAACUGCUAAAUAUUUUGAUCAGAGUGCUGUAAAGGCAGCUACAAAUGGAAGAGUUUUGAUUUUAGAUGGUAUAGAAAAAGCAGAAAGGAAUGUUUUACCAGUGUUGAAUAAUUUAUUAGAAAAUAGGGAAAUGCAUUUAGAAGAUGGAAGAUUGUUAAUUCCUGCAUCUAGAUAUGACAAACUAUUAAAAGUACAUGGCGAAAAAGAAUUAAACAAAUGGAAAUUGGUUCGUGUCGAUGAUAACUUUAGGGUUAUAGCUCUGGGUCUACCAGUUCCAAAGUACAGAGGAAAUCCUUUAGAUCCACCAUUAAGAUCUCGUUUUCAAGCUAGAGAUGUAACAAGUAUCACUUAUCAGGAAUGGUAUGAAGAAUUACGAAGUUUAGCUCCAACACCAAACUCGGAAAAAUUAGAGAAAAUUUUAUCGUGUGCUUUUGCACUUUUGUGUAAGGAGAGUUUGGCUUUGGGACUACCAGAUUUUCCUUUGGAUAAUUUACCUUUGGGAUGUUUAAUACUGGAACAAAAUCCACACCUAACUCCAUACGAUAUUAUAUACAGAUUGUACCCUUAUAGAGUUUUCUUGAAAGACGGUAUCGAAAAUUUAGAAAAGCUCUUGGUGAAACUCGACGUUCCACCGUCGACAAUAGAAGAAAAAUCGAAUUUAUUCCAACAUCCACCAUCAACAAUCACUCCCGAUUUUUAUGUCGAAACGAAUUAUCAAAAUGAAUUAUUACAUCAGAUACUUCAAAGUAUCAGGGUUGCGGAUGUUUGUAUCGUCGGUACUAACGGUUGUGGGAAAACUAUGAUUGUGAACAAAGUAGCCGAAACUUUGGGAAAAGAAGUGGAAAAUAUAGUUUUGUAUCAAGAUAUGACGUCUAGAGAUUUAAUCCAACAGAGAACUACUUUGGAAAAUGGAGAUACCAUUUGGAAAUUUUCUCCCCUUGUUGACGCAGCUUUGGAAGGAAGAAUAGCAGUUUUAGACGGGAUCGAUAGAAUACAUCCCAGCACUCUAACAGUAUUACACAGGUUAGUUCAUGAUAGAGAAAUGCAACUUUAUGACGGGAAAAGAUUAAUUGGUAAAAAUAGAUACGAGAUUUUAAAAAAAAAUUACAAUUUGACCGAACUUGAUUUGACGCAAAAAGGCGUUUACGCAAUUCAUCCCGAUUUUAAGAUAGUUGCCAUUGGAGAACCCCCCAAUCUACAAGCGGCAACGGGAAAUUGGUUAUCACCGGAAAUGCUGAGUCUAUUUAUUUUCCACGAAAUGAGAACGCUCAGUAAGGAAGAAGAAACGCACGUCGUCGCCAGUAAAUACGGUCCCAUAUCGAAAUCGCUAGAAAAAAUAAUAGAUUUGGCGCACUUACUACGAAACAGCUCGGACUCCACUUUAACCAACUUAUCCGGUCAUCUAUCGACCAGACGUAUCCUAAAAAUAGCUUCGAGACUCACCGAGUACCCCACCGAAGAUAUUUACUCGAUAAUGGACGAAACUUUCAUGAUAAAAUUCCUCCCUUCGCUUACCCGACAAGUACUAGACAAAACCAUGGAAAAAAUCGGAAUAAAACAAUUACCCCGUAAAGAAAACGAAAAAAUACGUUGCGAUAUCAAAGGAGGAUUUGUAACGAUAGGAAAUACCGUAGCCCCGGUAUAUAAGUCCGAUAAUUUAACGAAAGUACCCGAAACUUUAUUCUACGACGUACCGCAACAUUUAUCGCUAAUGGAAAAGUUACUACAAGACUUCCAAUUGGGUUAUAACCUCUUAUUAGUCGGUAACCAAGGUGUCGGUAAAAAUAAAAUAGUCGAUAGAUUUUUACAGGUGUUGAAUCGACCCAGGGAAUAUAUCCAAUUACAUAGAGACACCACCGUUCAAACCCUAACCGUACAACCGACCAUCAAAAACGGGAUUUUGGUGUACGAAGAUUCCCCUCUGGUUAAAGCGAUCAAGCACGGUCGAGUACUAGUCGUCGACGAAGCCGAUAAAGCCCCGACGCACGUCACUUGCAUUUUAAAAAGUCUAGUGGAAUCGGGUCGGAUGAAUUUGAGCGACGGAAGGAGAAUCGCUCCGCGAAAUCAUCGAGAUAAUACCGAAAAUGCGGUUGUAACUCAUCCGGAUUUUAGGAUGAUAGUAUUGGCGAAUAGACCGGGAUUUCCCUUUUUGGGAAACGAUUUUUUCGGUGCUUUGGGGGAUCUUUUUAGUAGUCACGCUGUAGAUAAUCCUUCCAAAGUAUCGGAAACGGAACUUUUGAAACGUUACGGACCCGACGUCUACGUCGAUAUUAUCGAACGAUUGGUCGGUAUAUUCGACGAUUUAAGAACAAUGGCCGAUCGGGGUUUGGUUAAUUAUCCUUAUUCGACAAGAGAAGUUGUUAAUAUCGUCAAACAUCUACAAAAAUUCCCAAAUACUGAUUUGGAAGAUGUCCUUUUCAACGUUUUCGAUUUCGAUAGAUACAAUACGGAAACCAUUGAAACUUUGGGAGAGGUACUAGUGAAGCACGGAUUUUCAAGUAAAAACGUUUUAACCGCCGAAUAUGUUGCAUCUAAAAGAGCCAAAGAAAAUAUACAAAUGACAAUAAAUAGAUAUAGCGGGUUAGAUGUGAGUCAGCCAAAACAUGGUAAGGAAGAUCCGAAGAACGAACCUCACGUUGGUGGUAACACUUGGGCCGGUGGUACCGGUGGUAGAGAUACAGCCGGUUUAGGCGGCAAAGGAGGACCGUAUCGAUUAGAUAAAGGUCACAAAGUACAUCAGCUUUCGGACGAAGAAAAAAAUUCGGUUCCGGAACACGUUAGAAAAGCGGCUAGAGAAAUGGGAAAGAAAGCUUUUCAAGAUAAAUUGAAAGAAAUCGGUAUGAGUCCGUACGAUCAUUCGAUUUAUUCGCAAUUUUCCAACGCCGUCGAGCGGGAAGUUCAAUCUUUGAGGAUAAUUUUAGGGAAUUUACAAGCUAAAAUUAAAGAGAGACAAUGGUACAGACAUCAAACGUCCGGGGAACUAGAUGACGUUAAAUUGAUUGAUGGUAUAUAUUUUUCUAUAAAUAUAUUGAAUUAUAUCCGUUUUAUUUUAGGUUUACUCGGUGAAAAAACUAUCUUUCGACGAAGAACCGAACUAGAUCCGGAAUUAGGUACGCCGCAAAUAAAACCCAAACUAUUUAGAGUUGUGGUAGAUGUUUCUGGUAGCAUGUACAGAUUCAAUUCGUACGACGGUCGUUUGGAUAGAGAAUUGGAAGCUGUCGUAUUAGUUAUGGAAGCGUUUGAAGGAUUCGAAGAUAAAAUUAAAUACGAUAUUAUCGGUCAUUCCGGCGAAGAAUUUAAUAUAACGUUCGUUAAACAGGAUAAUCCGCCUAAAGAUAAUAAAGAAAGGUUGGAGGUGAUACGGACUAUGCAUGCGCAUUCUCAAUUUUGUUGGUCGGGAGAUCAUACUUUGGAAUCGUCCAAAUGGGCGGUGUCCACUAUAGAUGAAGAAAAAUAUGACGAGGCUAUUGUUAUAAUUCUUUCUGACGCCAAUUUGCAAAGAUACGGUAUUUCGCCAUCGGAAUUGGCCAAAGCAAUGUCGGUAAAACCGAGCGUCAGCGCAUAUGCCGUAUUUAUAGCUAGUUUAGGGGACCAAGCAGAAAGGUUAACGCAAAAUUUACCAGCUGGAAGAGCCUUUAUAUGCCAAGAUACUAGAGAAUUGCCGCAUAUUUUAAAACAAAUAUUCUCCUCAUCUGUUGUAAAUAAUUGAAUCAAAUUUUUAAAAUACCAGACAUAUUUUUUCAAUUAAAACUUGUUAUGUUUGAAUGUAUUUUUUAAUUUAUAAGAAAAAUUGGACCAAAAGUUGAAAAUUGUAAAAUAUAUUCAAAAAAAUAAGUAAUAAAA